AUGGAAAGGAUCGGUGGAGAAGAUAGUAUGUAUCAACCCAGAGCUGUUAAUGAAACUCGACUAACUCAUUCACAGAAUUCAGAACUAUUCACGUUAACUUAUGGAUCACUCGUGGCUCAAUUAUGUCGAGACUUUGAAAACAACUAUCGUGAAGUCAACAACCAGCUCGACAAGAUGGGCUACAACAUUGGAUGCAGACUAAUUGAAGAAUUCCUUGCCAAGACAGGUAUCCAGAGAUGCUCCUCAUUCAAAGAGACUGCUGACGUAAUAUCAAAACUAGGAUUCAGACUAUUUCUCAACAUUCAACCACACGUGGAAAACUGGUCCAAUGAUAACAAGGUUUGCAGUUUGAUAAUACCAGAACCGAACCCAUUAACUGAGUUUGUCGAGUUACCAGUUUCAACUGAUUCUAAAAUUGCAAGAGAAUUGUGGUAUUCACAAAUACUAUGUGGAGUGAUUCGAGGUGCUUUGCAGAUGGUGCAGUUGGAUUGCGAUGUUUACUUUGUUAAGGAUGCGUUACGUGGUGAUGAACGGACAGAGAUGAAGUUGAAGUUGAACAAGGUUUUGAAAGAUGAAGUGCCCGCAGGCGAGGAUUAG